AUGCUGCAGAUGGGAGACGCUGUGGCGACAACUUACACGCCACUCUCUCACUCUAGUCCUCUUCCUUCUUACACGCAUCCAUCAGCAGUGUCUGACAAUCCGUAG